UCAGCGGACAGACUCAUCCUCAGUGUGUUGUGGAGUUGUGAUAGACAAGAGACACAGACUUGCAGGAUUACAGCCAGUACUUGGAGGAGACAUUACCUGUAUAAACUGAGCUAGAAGACAUUCAAACUUCUAAUGUUUGGAUACGUUAUUGAGGAACAAAAACGGACCUAGGAUUUACCUCUGAGGGAAAACUGCCUUAGGGGUGAUCAAGACCAUGAGGUCAGUAAAUAGGAACAUGGCUGUCUGGAAAUGCAUCUGAUCCACUGGUUCUGCCUCAGACGUUAAACAAUGGGAAACAUAGAGAGCCAAAAUGGAGACCACGCCUACUACGGUGAGGGGCAGGGCCACCUCUCACGAAAGCACAUGGCCCGAUCACUUCGCAUCUCUAACAAGCAGUCUCGACGAUCACGUCAUGCCUCAUCUAGCAAGGCUGAACACCACAACUCUGAGACCAGCACAAAAUCCAGCAGCACCCCUUCCAUCCCACAAUCCCUGAGUGAAAAUGGCCUGGAACCCUUCACUGAGAAGAAUGCUUUGGAGGGCUAUGGAGGCACAAUUUGGGUGGACCGGAUGGCCAUGAACUUGCGGCCGAUGUCCUUCCACGACAACAUGGGGGAUCCCACCACCACGCCAGGCUCUGAAGAUGGAGUGGAGUUGGACACAAUGGUGGCAGACAAUUGUGAUUAUGAAGGACUUUUCACAGGUGAGGACACGUAUCUUCAGAGGACCAGAGACGGUCCUCGGGAAGGUGGCAGCUUUAAGAAGAAGCGCUCCAAAUCUGCUGACAUGUGGAGAGAGGAUUCCAUGGAGUUUUCCUUGUCGGAUCUAAGCCAAGAGCAAUUGACAAGUACAGAGGAGAUUAUAGGGACAAAUGAGGACAAAGACAAAAGCUUCACCAACUGUGGAGGACGUCGUCGCACCUCCAGCCCACGGACACUCGAGACUCACUCAGGAGAGAGAGCCAACUCUUUAGACGAACUUUGCACACAGAGACUACCUCCUCUUCGUGGCUCCCACCAUCUCUAUAAUGGUCACAAUCCUGAGAGGACGGAGGGGGGUGUAAUGAACGGUGAGAUCUUGUCUCCUGCGGAGGAGGAAGGGAACGGAUAUGGAGCAUACACUCUUCCUUGUCGUCGUUCUCACUGCCUGUCGGAAGGACUGUCCAAUCACCAGACUACCAUCUGCUCACGUAUGCAGGGACGGAGGGCACGAACAACACAUGAUAUCACGGCCGGUGAGGGCAGCGAGUAUGGAGACAGCGGUAUUGACGGUGGCGCAGCUGAAGUCGAGCAUUCCUCACGCCGUUGCAAGGCCAUGUCUGCGUCCUUCUCCGUCUACUCUACUGCUAGCGGAAGCAUCUUCGCGGGAAGCGACAGCGGCAGUAGCAGCGGAGGUGGAGGAGACCGUGAACGUCAACCGGGUGGAGAUCAAGGCGUAUACGAGAACUUCCGUCAGGAGCUGGACUUGAACUCCCGACAGAUGUGGGAUUGCCUCGAAGAGGCAGGUUCAGCUGCUAGCGAUGAGAGGAGCAGUGGAACGCUAAGCUCCAUUUACCCCUCAGACAUUCUACUUAGCACGGUGCAGGGCACUGUGCGGAAGGCCGGCCUGCUGGCUGUGAAGAACUUCCUGGGGCACAAAAAGAAUAAGAGGGUGGAGCCAGCAGCAAAAAGGAAAUGGAAACAGUACUGGGUAUCACUCAAAGGAUGCACUCUGUUUUUUUACGAAACAGAUGGACGUUCAGGGAUCGACCACAACAGCAUCCACAAACAUGCAGUCUGGGUGGAGAACAGCAUUGUUCAGGCUGUCCCAGAACAUCCCAAGAAAGACUUUGUGUUUUGUCUGAGCAAUGCACUGGGAGAUGCCUUCCUCUUCCAGACAUCAGGUCAAACAGAGCUGGAAAACUGGAUAACCGCCAUCCACUCAGCCUGCGCCACAGCUGUCGCCCGUCAGCACCACCGCGAGGACACCGUACGAUUGCUGCGCUCUGAGAUCAAGAAGCUUGAACAAAAGAUCGACAUGGAUGAGAAAAUGAAGAAGAUGGGCGAAAUGCAGCUCUCUGCUGUCACUGAUGGGAAGAAGAGGAAGACUAUCCUAGAGCAGAUAUUCCUCUGGGAGCAGAAUUUGGAGCAGUUUCAUAUGGACUUGUUCCGGUAUCGCUGUUACCUGUCCAGCCUGCAGGGCGGCGAGCUUCCAAAUCCAAAACGCCUACUUGCUGUUGCUUCCCGCCCCACCAAACUGUCCAUGGGUCGUCUUGGCAUUUUUUCAGUAUCAUCCUUCCAUGCCCUGGUGGCAGCGAGGACGGAUGGGGGAAUUCAGAGACGUACCCAGGCCCUGUCUCGUUCCUCCAGUAAACGAAAGAGCCGGUUCUCCUCUCUAUGGGGCCUGGACACUACCUCCAAAAAGAAAACCAAAGGCAGACCCAGCAUCAACCAGGUGUUCGUAGACGGUGAAGAGUCGGUUAAGAGGAAUCUCGAGCACAUGUUUGAGGACACUGGAAAGGAGAUGCUGAAGGACCAAGAGGGUUUGGUGAAAAGUCUCGCCCAACACAAGACGGACAAUGAAGUGUGGGUACCUGACUAUCUCACGCCGUCUUGGGUCUCUUUACCUGAUGAUCGGCCUGUGUUGGCUAUCAUACAGCCAGGGGAGACUGCCAUGGAGGCCCUGGAGGCACUGUGCAGGGCUUACAGACUGGAACUUUCCAAGCACUAUAUACGGCUGAAGUUCCUCGUUGACAAUCAUGUGCAAUUGUACGUCCCCAAGCCUGAGGAGGACCUCUGUGACCUGCUCUACAAAGAAAUCGAAAUUUGUGCCAAGACAACCAAAGUCAUCCAGUUUGACAGAGAUGAGUCUUGUGCCAUAGGCUAUGGUUUUUCAGUGGUGGUAGUAGAGGAGGAUGGAGGUCAGCAGCUUCAUAUCACUGAUGUGAAAGCUGGAGGUCUGGCAUUUGCCAAAGGUCUGCGAGCAGGUGAUGAGAUUCUAAACCUGAACAGUAAGCCGGCGAGUGUGUUGGAGCUGGCUGACAUGCAGGCUGCGUUUUCUUUGCCCUCUCUCACCCUGACUGUCAGCACGCUGCCUGCUACCGAUCCGCACCAGCUGUGCCAGAUGCCUCCCCGCCGAUCGGACGGGGCGCAGGACCUCUGCACUGACAUCUUCUCCCAAAGUCAGGAGGACAUCCUGGAUGAAGGUCUUGGCCUGGUGCUGCACAGCCCUGAUGACACAGGCGACGUCAGGGUAAACCUAAUGGCUGAGAGCCCUGCUGACAGCCUGGAGGAUGAAACGGACUCAGCACACAAGAGUACAGAGCAGGUGACUGCUUUCUGCCGCAACCUUCAUGAUAUGAAUUCCACCGAGGGUCCCGUUUCCUGUUCCUCAUCUUCCUCCACAUCUUCCUUCUCUUCAUCCUGUGUGCCCAGCCCCAUCUCACCCCUACCAGUUCUCUUCACCCCACGCCAGCUCUCCGAUGCUGAUAAACUGCGUAAGGUCAUCAGUGAGCUGGUGGACACUGAGAGGACCUAUGUUAAGGACCUGAACAUUUUGAUAGAGCGCUACCUGAACCCCCUACAGAAGGAGAGCAUCCUCUCACAGGAUGAGCUGGAUGUGCUUUUUGGAAACUUGGCGGAGAUGGUGGAAUUCCAAGUGGAGUUUCUGAAAACUCUGGAAGAUGGAACCAGAUUAGUUCCAGAUUUAGACAAACUGGAGAGAGUGGAUCAAUUCAAGAAAGUUCUGUUUUCUCUUGGUGGAUCCUUCCUGUACUAUGCAGAUCGUUUUAAGAUCUACAGUGCUUUUUGUGCCAGCCACACAAAGGUCCCAAAGGUCCUUACCAAAGCUAAAACAGACCCGGAGUUCAAGGCAUUCCUGGCUGAGAGGAACCCCAGGCAACAGCACUCUUCCACGCUGGAGUCCUACCUGAUCAAACCCAUUCAGAGAGUCUUAAAAUACCCACUACUCCUGAGGGAGCUUCACUCCCUUACCAACCCUGACAGCGAGGAACAUUACCAUCUGGAUGUUGCAAUGAAAGCCAUGAACAAAGUGGCCAGUCACAUAAAUGAAAUGCAGAAGAUUCAUGAGGAGUAUGGAGCCGUGUUUGACCAACUCAUCAGCGAGCAGAGCUCUGACAAGAAAGAGGUUGCUGACCUGUCAAUGGGCGACCUCUUGUUGCAUGACACUGUGGUCUGGAUCAACCCACCCUCUUCUCUCAUGAAGGGGAAGAGGGACCCAGAGCUGGCUGCGUUCGUUUUCAGAACAGCAGUUGUUUUUGUGUAUAAGGACUGCUCCAAGCACAAGAAAAAAAACGGUGGAUCUCACAGAGCAUCAAUCCUUGAUGAGAGAGACCCUUUUCGGUUUAGACACAUGAUCUCUACAGACACUCUCCAAGUUCGCAACCUCCCUAAUUCAGAGGGGUCUGCAAUGUGUGAGCUUGUUCACAUGAGGUCAGAAUCUGAAGGGAGACCCGAGAGGACCUUCCACAUCUGCUGCAGCUCUCCAGAGAGUAAAAAAGACUUCCUGAAGACCAUUCAUUCUAUCCUGAGGGACAAACAACGCCGUCAGUUAAUGAAGACUGAGAGUUUGCCUCCAAAUCAGCAGUAUAUUCCCUUCGGAGGGAAGCGGCUUUGUGCGCUAAAGGGUUCACGACCCACAAUGAACAGAGCGGUUUCAGCCCCAUCUCGAACCCUCGGCCGCCGGAAGCUGAUCCGUAAUCGUUUCACCAUAGACACGAGUGUGGUUUUCGACGACGGCUCGUCCCAAGAGCUCUCACCCAUCUCCCCGACAGAGCCCCCGCUGUCUUCGCUCCAGAAACCCCAGCAGCCCAUCCGAGACACAGACCGCUGGGUGGAGGAUCAGUUCGACCUGCAGCACUAUGAAAACCAGGACGACGUGAAGGAGACGGACAUCCUCAGCGACGACGAUGAGUACUGCCAAUCUGUCCGGGGCCCUUCCUCUGAGCCGAGUCUGGAGGAGUCUUUAGAGGCCCUCUCAGUAGAAGGAGAUGAAGACAACGGACUUUCGGAUGACAAACCUCCGAAAUCCCACGCCCCCCUGAAGCUGACCCUCCUGAGAAAGCAGUGCGCGGUUGAGGGAGCCGCUUCUGAGAGGGACUCCGAGGUUAUUUGGGUUCGCAGGGACGAUUUUAAAAACAGCUGCAACAGUGACAUCUUCUGAGCGUAGAGGGAAUGUGCGAGCUGUGAUGUUUUGUUUUAUAGACUUGAGUGAGAGUAAGGUAGAAAUCUACUGAGUCCUAGUCUUCACGGACAUGAUGCACUGACAAUCCUACUGAAAGCCAGAACUGAAGAACUUGCACCAUAGAAAAGCUUCUUGAUGUUUCAAGCCACUCCACCCUAAUAUCAAUGCAGACUUCCUGCCAUUUAAGUAUAACUGUACAGCCAAUGUAUUUAUAGAGGCUUCAUACUGACAGACAGGCAGCUCAACAUGUUCUUUCAGUUGAUCUUUUUGUUUGAAACACAAGAUUGUGGUCGAUCUGUUCAGUUGUGGUUCAUGUCCUCAUUUUUAUUCAGGGAUUUGUGACUUGAUGCUUCGUAUAACCUCGCUAGUUCUUCGUAAUGGCUACUACACGCAGGUGAUUUUUGUCGAGCGCGGCAACGUUCCCUGAAAAUGUCAUGACAGUUCGGCUAGCUGUUUAAUGCCAUUCCUGUUACAAACCCAACAGUUCCUUGCUUUCUGUCUUUGUUCCCUUUUGCUCAUAGGUCACCAGCAACCCAGUAUUAACAAUCACUGUACAAAACAUGCACACACAGAGAAAUAAUGUUCUACUUGAAUAUGGUAGAAUGAACUGCAAUAAUGUAAUUUCGUUUAUUUGUUAGGAAAUCAAACUACCCAUAAUCCUCGCUAGGUGGGCUUUGGUGUGCUUGUGAAUUCAACAGCCAGACUUUUAGGUGCAUAAAUAAGGUAUUUUAAUUCAAAGCACCCUUACAAAGUGAUGAAAUGUAGCAGAUUUGUCCUGUUAAUACUGAAUUAGUCUCGGUGAGAAUGAGAUUUUUGAAGAGUUUGGUCUUGUGGUAUUUUGUACCAAGAUAAAGAUGCACACGUUACACCCUGCACAUGUAUUUUAAAAUAAGAGAUGCCCUUCCACGUGAAAAACAAUCACUGCACCUUCAGCCAUGGAUCCUUUUUAGUGGAACUGACUGUAUUUAAGACAAAAGUGUAAAAACUCCUUGCUUUUACCCUCUGCAUUUUUGAGAGUGUAUGUUCAUACUGUGGAAAUAAUUAUUAACCUAAAAUAAAUUUUCCUAAUUUAUAUUUGCAGUUUUAUCCUAAUAACUUUGUACGUGCUCUGUUCUUUGUCAACGCGGCACCGGUUAGCUGUGUUUUAAAUAAAGUUUGGUGUGAUUUUUAAACACAGUGAC